AUGGCGCGACUCUCCCGUCGAACCAACCCCGCGCGCCUGUCUCUCACCACCCUGGUCUCGGCGCCUAGAAUGCAGUGUGAUGGUCGGGCUGAUUGGCCCAGUCCGCACCUUUCACAAUCUAUUUUCGUCUACGCUCUCGACAAAUCCUCCUUCCCGGCCCCUCCAUCCUCCUUUGGCUUCACCCACUCAUCGCGGCCCGUCCUGUCGAAAGCCAGCGCUUACCAGGCCUGCCCGUGGGUGACCUGCCGCCUGUACCACAGUAGUGCCGCUGUUUCAAAGGGGAGUGAGUUGAUAUCAUGCAUCGCACAGCCCAGCAUGUCGGCCCAGCCACCCUCUGGAGGGUAUUCACUCUUCCCGAACCCCAACUCCAAGCCCCCAACGAUACGGAGGCCGGCAUCUCGAACUCGAAGAUCAGAAUCGCGUGAGCGGCCCCGGGCUGUGUCUCCCGACAGCGCUCACCACAUCGAUCAGACGUCUCCACCACGUCACGGCAGACAGACGCCGCAGCAGAGAGUACAAACACCGGUUGAGCGAUCGGAAACUCCACAGAGCCUACGACAGGCUCCAUCAGGUGAACAGCAGCAGCCCUCGCCGCGUAGUCGCGAGCUGCCGGCCCUACCCCCGGCGUCCGCGACGGAGGCAUCGCCCAUCCAACGGCCCCCUCCUAUCGCCGACGCCCCGCCCCGAUCAGAUACUGCUUUCUCACAAGCACAAACACUGGUACGGAAUAAUAGCACUCGGUCCCGAAGCUCGAUAGCAAAGCUUCCAUUUCCUGAGGAGCCGUCGUCAUCUUCACAAGAGCAACCUACUCUGCGAUCCAUCUUCCCUCAGUAUAACCCGGAGAGGCCUCUCAACGAGCAAGACUACUUUCCCACACAAACAAGCCCAACCCACAUCCCGCGGGCUGUGAUUAAUCGGACAACAUGGUAUCCGAAUCCUCAGGGAGGUGAAGGCCAAAAUGAUCAGCACAGAAGUCCUCCUAUGAGGAGUCCGCUGAGUGGAGGCUCGGCACAAAGAUGGCCAAGGAGACAGAUUGAGCCUCCAAUCAUCCCAAAUGUCUCAUCGAAUGAGCAUAUGAAGAGUUUAUGGAAGGUCUGCAACGGCUGGAAAGCACCUCCCUCAGAAGGCAGAGUGUACUGCAUGAAGUUAUCCCAGGAGAAGGAUGCCCCCGUAUACACACUCUCUUCAACGUCACAGCCAUUCUACAACAUUCGGCUCGAUCCCACUUCCGCAUCAGCAUACGUCACCCUCAGCCGCCACGACCCUGUCAAGGUGUACAAGGCCCCGAACCCCAUGGCAAGCUCGUCAGCGAGCAGUAUCCUCUCCGGUGUCGUCGGUCACAAGGACAACGGCAAGGGCGCCGAGAGCAAACACUGGCAGGAAGUCCUCACAACGACUCUGGAAGAGGAGUCCCGCAAGCACCCGCCCAACGACGGCCUCGUCGCGCUCCUCUACCCCCUGGCGGCCGCCAAGAUGGCCCUCGACAAGCCGGACGACAUGAACGCCAUCAUGACGGCGGAGACGGAGUGCGCCCGCCUCGUCUGGGACGAAGACUCUGGCUCGCACUUCCUCGUCCACCCGGCCCUCGCGACCCCCUUCUGCGUCACCAUUGAGCGCUCGCCAGCCUGGAGCCGGGUCGAGUACACCCUCGAGCACCAUGAGUCGCCGCAGCACCUCGCCAAGCUGACGCGCGACGGCACGGGCGGCGGGUACCUCGAGAUCGACACCGCCAUCGCCGCAAAGAUUGACAGCUUCUUCAUCGUCGACGUAGCCGUAACGGCGCUGAUGCUCGUCGCGGCGGCCGACGAGAAGAACACCAAGAUCGAGACCUUUGAGCCACCCCCGGCGCCGCGCGAACCCCUCGGCGGCGGCGAGCGCUGGUUGAGCAAGAGGGAGGAGAAGAAGAGGGCCGCGGCGGCCGCGCGCAGGGGUAAGAUGGAAGAGUUCGAGAUCGACGUCGAGAGCCAGGACAGCAGCUUCGCGAAGCUAGAGCAGGUUGGUAAGGAAACGCGCGACAGGCUUCCUUGGCCUUUAAGAGCGCUGUUCAAGGUCGUGGCUGGGCUGUUCAAGUGUCUCGUGUGGUUGCUGACGAUGGGCUUCAAAGCCCUGGCUGCCGUUGUCAAGGGGCUUGCUAGGUGUGUCGGUGUCAAGCCCAAGUGA